AUGUCUCACAGAUUCCGCUCCCAGCAGCGCAAGAAGAACGCCCGGUCCAUCGCGUCCGAGGAUCCCUGGAGGGUCGACACGCCCUUCGGACCGCCUCAGAUCCCCCAUUUCCCGGGUCGCAUCUGGCGCAUCCGCAAUACACUCCAGCGAUUCACGCCGUCCGCGCGCGCUGAGAAGGAGCUUCUCAAGAUAAAGAAUCGGUUCAAGGUCCCCUUGACCGAACGAAACAUGGACGCCUUUGUCUCGGAGCAGCUGUACUCCGACGCUUGUUAUCCCAACAAACAUAGCCGGGAAUUGCAGAUCUCGGCAUGGUUGGACCGACUGUCAUACUGA